UAAAAAAAUGAAGGGUUUGAAGAUAUCUUAUUGCACAGUUGAGAGAAAAGCUUGUAUUAAUGGAUGGAUCAAUGAUUGGUUCAAAGACUGUCUUUGUAACCUGAAAGAUGAAAUCUCCUUUGUUUUCGGAGUUUUCGGUUUAUUUUUCUGGGCUGUCGCUGAAAUCCCACAAAUUAUUACCAACUUCAACAAUAAAUCUGCUUCUGCUGUCUCUUUAGCCUUUCUCUCCACUUGGAUCAUCGGAGAUAUUUUUAAUCUUGUGGGCUGCAUUCUUGAACCAGCUACGUUACCCACUCAAUUCUACACUGCAGUGUUGUAUACAACGGUUACUAUCAUACUAGCUCUGCAAUGUGUGUAUUACAACCAUUUCCUCCAAUGGUGGAAGAGCAGCCAUAAAGAGGCAAAGACGGUUAAAGAUGAGGUCGAUUCUCUUGAACCCGGUCUUCAAGAUCCACUAAUUACAACGACGACGAUGACAACAAACGUUCCGGUUGAGGUUCCUCGUACGACGGAUUUCUAUUUCAUGUCAGCAAGAUCUUUAGCAGGAAGUGAGACCCCGCCACGUCAGCAUUACAUAAAAGCUAGGAGUGGGCCCCCUGCAUUGGAGCAUGACAGCUCAGACUCAUCAUCUGAACAAGAUGAACCUCUAAUUACUCAGCCUCGUGCAAUUCCUCGCACAGUAAAUAUCUUUAUUAUUCUUUUUACAUAA